AUGCAUUCAAUUAUUAUAAAUGAGAGUAUUUCAUCGAUUGAUCGCUGUGGAAGAGAGGGAAGUACAAGAACUCAAACGUCGUCUUCUGCGAAAUCGCAGAAUUCGUCGAAAAACGAGCACGUUGAUGAUGUGGAAAUGGGAACAAUUGAGAAACUGAAUGGAAUGGGAUACGACGAGAAAUUCGAAAUCGAUCCACCCCUCGUUCUACAACCACCACCAAGGAGGAAAAAUGGGAAAUUGCAAAAGACGGAUCGACCUGUGAUAAGGGAAGAGGACUUUGGCGAUGACGAGGCACCGGAGACGAGUGAGGGAUCGUCAGGGAACCGGAAAGUUCAUCUAAAUGUUGAGCCAGAUGACGGUCGUGAUAGUGGAUGUCAAGUGGAUGUCGAUGACGAGGAAGUUCAGCACUAUCAGGGUCGUCGAAAUCGGAUGAACAAACGACCGGCGGCGUUCUCGAUCGAAGCGCACACAAAGAAAUACAUUCCACGAGGGUCCAUCAGAGUCACGCCGACAACGCACAAUCCGACCCGCUGGCCAUCGGCUUUCUAUUUCCCGGACGCUGAAUCGCCGGUUGUCGUCAAAGAGGAGGAUUUGGAAGAGAGUGCCCGUCUUCAAAUCUCGCGCAAUUGUCUCAUCAUGUUAUUGCUAUUCGUCGUCUCUUUUUGCUUUCUAAUGGGCAUCAUGAUGAUCGAUAUGGUUCGUUAUCAUCGAGGAAUGUUUGAGACAUACACCAACGACUAUCCAAAAAAUCUCCCGAAUUUCCCCGGUUACGCAAAUCUUCCCACUGUUCCAUCGGAUUUGCAAAAUGCU